AUGGAGAAAGUUCAAGAACUUAAAGAAACCAGAGAUGAAAUUCAGAACAUCCUCUCGACUGCAACUCGUGCACGUGUCAAAAAAAUCCUACAAGACGAGUUGGAACGCGUAGAACGAGAAAUCGAAACUGAAGAAAAGAGGGCAGCGAAGCCCACCGUGAAGAAACCGCAUGUCACCUUGACUAAAAUCACGUCGUACGCUUGGGAUCAAUCACCAAAAUUCGUGAAAAUUUAUAUCAAUUUGCCGGAAGUGGAAACUCUUCCUGAAGAGAAUAUCUCUUCGAAAUUCACCUCCAAGUCAAUGGAGUUGAAAGUACUUGGUUUGAAAGGAAAGAAUUAUCAUUUUCAGAUAAUCAAUCUGUUGCAUCCUAUUCUUCCCGAAUCCAGUUCAGUGAAAGUUAAAUCUGGACGUGUGACUCUCCUUUUGAAGAAGGACAAAGACGAAAGUUGGUCUUGUUUGACCGUGACAGAGAACUUGAAGAAUAUGAAAGAGCAGCCGAAAGUGGACGACAAAAAGGAUCCUGGAGAAGGAAUAAUGGACUUAAUGAGGAAGAUGUACGACGAAGGAGAUGAUGAGAUGAAAAGGACCAUAGCUAAGGCCUGGACGGAAUCAAGGGAAAAGCAGAAUUCAUACGAUCCGUUGUCCUAG